AUGGGAGCAUGCCACGUCACCUCCCCCCUCCACUCCGCGAGCGCCACGUGGCACCGCCGGAGCCUCCAGCCGCCGCGGCCCGCGGAGCCCGUCGCGGGCCCGCGCGGGUCCAGAUCGGGCCGCCGCCGCCCGAGGGCCGCGCCUCCCGAGCUCCUCCGUCGCCUAGAUCCGCCGCCGCCACCCGGGUCCAGCCCCGCUGCCCGUCUCCGACGCCGGUCGCCGCCGCCGCCAUGGCGCCCGCGCCUCGCCUGCCUCUCCUUCCCCGACCCCGCCGGCGAGCUUCGCCGCCGCCGCGCCGGUGCGCUCCCCCGUCGCCGGCCGCCCCGUCGCCAGAUCCGCGGGUGGGAUGAGAUCCACCCGUCCCGGAACCAAACGCGCUUCCCCGUCCCGCUCCGCGCCAUUCAGGGUCCUCCCCAUCCAACUUCUCCCCGAGGAGGCGGCUCAGGCAGACCGACGGCUCAAUAUAGCCUGUGUGGCUCAACAUGGCAGAGGCGGCUCAACGCGGCCCCGGCGGCUCAACACAGCAGCAAAACGGAGGCAUCAUCACGGUGGCGGCUCAGAAACUGCAGCGGCAAUGCGUUUGAGACGGCGCAGGCGACGACUGGAACUGCUUGA